UAAGGGACGACAGUCUUAACUACUUACAGUCAUAUCAAUGUCAUCAUUGCACGAUCCCUGAAUCCAUGAUCCAUCAUAGCCUCUAGCUUCCAGGCGACCUACAGCAUGGCUACCAGCUAGCCGCCUUACGAACCCAGAUAGGCGCCUUGCAUAUGUAUCAGCUUGAAACCAGCCUGCUUCACUUCCCAGAUCUCGCCUCCUGCAAAGCCCUACCCAUGAUAGCUGAACAGCGCUAGUGAGUAGUCUCCCAUAAUGACACAGUCCCUCGACCUUUUAUUUUGCAGCGAUACCCUCAGCGACUUCAGAUUUCAAAUUUCUGCAUUGGAGUUCGGGAAUCCAUGCACAUCUGGUUCAUUUGGCACCGUUUACCGAGGCACCAUCAAUACCAACGAAGAGGUUUAUUGGACCAACUUGUCUGAUUGCAUCAAUAAUCCAUCUAAUAUUCAUCAGGUCGCAGUGAAGGUGUUCAAGAUUGAUUCCGGGAGGGCUGUGGAGAAAUAUGAGAAGGCAAUGCGUCGGGAACUCAAGGUGUGGCUUAGACUGUCAAAACACCCAACUAUCGUCCCGCUACUUGGAAUCGCACACGCCGGGCUUCCAUUACCGGUUCUCAUUUCUCAAUGGAUGCCCUCUGGAACAUUGUAUACGUACCUCGAGCAACCUAUCAAUACAAUCACCGCUUCCAAUAAAGUUGAAUUGGUCAGGGGCGUUGCCGACGGCCUCGGAUAUCUUCACUCGGAGAAUGUCGUUCACGGAGACCUUCAUCCCGCAAAUGUACUUGUAGAUGGUGUGGGGAAUCCACGUCUCACAGAUUUCGGUCUCGCAACAGUCGUAGGAGACGCGGAGUUGCAGUUGGGUAUGACAACUGUGACACGUGAAUUCGAUGUUCGAUGGCGUGCUCCUGAAGUCAUUGGAGUCGAUCCGAAGGAUGAGCCUGUACGGCCGAAUUUCAAGAGUGAUAUAUAUUCUUUUGGUGGUGUCAUGUUCUUUAUCGUCUCGGGGGAUAUACCAUGGAAAGAGAAGAAACAGCCACAUAUCAUCAUUGAGCUAUCGAAAAGAGCGACUCCUGCUCGUCCCGAUAACAUUUUCUAUGAUCACUGGAACUUGAUUCAGAAAUGCUGGUCUUGGAACCCAGACGAUCGUCCAGAGGCAACGGAAAUCACCUGCAGCGAUAUCCAUGACGACUUCACAUCUCAAAUUUCUGCGUUGAAGCUCGGGAAUCCGUGCAAAUCUGGUUCAUUUGCCACUGUUUACCAGUUCACCAUCGAGACCAGCGAAGGCACAAAAGAGGUCGCAGUAAAGGUGUUCAAGACUGAUUCUGGGAGAGCCGUGGAGAAAUAUGUGAGGGCAAUGCGUCGGGAACUUAACGUGUGGAUUAGAGUGUCAAAACACCAAAAUAUCGUACCGCUACUUGGCACUGCAGACGUCGAGUCCCCGUGUCCUGCUCUCGUUUCGCAAUGGAUGCCCUCCGGAACAUUGGAUACGUACCUCGAGAAGCAUGGUACAAUUACCACUUUGGCUAAAGCUCAUCUGGUCAGGGGCGUUGCCGACGGCCUCGGAUAUCGUUCGUAGAUCACUAUCCUAUUGUUAAUUUUGUUCCUAAUGCCUACCCAGUUCAUUCGGAGAAUGUCGUUCAUGGAGACCUUUAUCCCGCGAAUGUACUUGUAGAUGGUGCGGGGAAUCCACGUCUCACAGAUUUCGGUCUCGCAACAGUCGUAGGGGAC